AUGAGGCUUGAUUAUCAUGUUCCAAUUAUUAGUCAACAGGGUGAAGUUAGUGGUCGUCUUCAUGUUGAAGUAUAUCGUUUAUGUGAAAUGGAUGAUUCUGGUAUUGUAAGUAGUUUGGAUUCAUUGGAUUCAAAUCGUACAUUAGAUCAACAAUCUAUUGGUGUUACUUUUUUGGGCAAAACAAUUAAAUGCAGGGUUCGUAUUAAGAAAGCAUCAAAUUUACCAUCAUCAUUAUCACAUUUUGUAUUUUGUCAAUAUUCAUUCUUUAAUAUUAGCGAAAUUUUGGUUGUUGCUCCAAUCUUUGAUCCAAAUAUAUCACAAUCAGAUCAUGUUGAUAUUUCAUCCAAUUCUAAUUUUCAAUUCGAUCAUGAAAAGGUUUCGUUAUUAUCAUCAUUUACUUUACAAAUAAUUACUUUAAAUUAA